AUGGAAGCAUUAGCAGCAACGCGACUCGACCGAUUCGAGAAAUCGAUGGAGUCGCUUUAUGGCAGCUUCUCCAACAUCAAAGAUCCAGAAAAAUGGACACCGCCGCCCAACUCUGGUGGUCAUCACGGUCGAUAUCUCUGGACUGAUGCUUUUGGCGUUGUCAAUUUCUUGACUCUGCAUCAGGAACAUUCAAAAAUAGCUGCAGCUGCAGGUUCUGCAUCAGCUUCGGGAUCAAGUCCCGGACCUGGGAUCAACAUCGCAGAUAAAUACUUGAUUCUUGCUCGUCGUCUAGUUGAAACUGUGCAUGAUAUACUCGGACGCACCAGGGAUGGCAAGGCACGGCUACCUGGCGCCACGGACGAGAAUCCUUUAGGGGGAGGUUUACGUAUCGGCAAAUUAGAUGAAACCGGAGUUGAUGGUGAUGGGCAAUACCAUCAUUAUCUGACCAUCUGGAUGUUUGCGCUCAAUCGUAUGUCGCUAGCUACAGGAGAUCCGACUUAUAACAGACAGGCAGUCGCCCUGGCACAAGCAAUACAUCCACGAUUUUUCGUCAAUAGAACCUCAACUCGGCCACGCAUGGUGUGGAAAAUGAGUAUGGAUUUGGCAACACCGCUCGUUCCUUCAGAGGGAAAUCUAGAUCCCAUCGAUGGCUACGUCGUAUAUCGGCUACUGCAAGCAUCAGCUAUGGCAAUGAUUAGUUGCGGUAGUGGUAAUAUGGGCAGUGACAAGGGUAAGGUGCUAGAUGAAGAAAUUGCGGAUUAUAAGCGAGUCAUGGAACGAAAAGGCGAGCAUUUCGUAUCCGCUGAUACUUUAGACUUGGGCAUGACCUUGUGGACAUGUCACUGGUUCUCGGAUCGGGAGAAAUGGGCUUCAAAGUUGGCUGAAAGAUGUUUCCAGCAAAUAUAUGAACUCUUCGAAAUAGACCGCUACCUAGCACGCAAUAUCAAAUAUCGCCUCGCCUUCCGCGAAUUCGGCACCUGUCUAGGCAUUGGCUGUCACUAUGGGAAAUCAGCAGAUGCAGAACGAUCCAUUGAUCUUAGGACAUAUUCAGACUCUAUCAUUGAAUCUUGGGAGCCGUACAUGGCGCUAUCGCUGCGGGGUGAUGGCGAUUUAUUGGCGGAUGAUUUGCGACCUAUUACUAGGGUUAUGUAUUCUUCGGCUUUAAUUCCCGGUGGUUAG